ACGAGACAUUUUCGGUUCUGGAAAAAUCGUGAACUCGCCAGAUCAACAGAACUCUCUAGACUCUCAUCUUCCUCUCUCCCUAUAAAAUCCAUUCCCCAUUACUCCGAACUUCGAGAAUCGAUCGCCAUUCGACAUUUGACGUAGCUCGCUAUUUGCUUUUCUUGUUUCAUUCGCAUACUCUCUCAUACUUCAUUUCUUUCUGAUUCUUUCCCGCCAUGGAGGACGAUUUCGAGUUCCCAUCUGCAAGCAACGUGGAUGAGGAAAUGGGGUUGCCCGAGGACGAAGCCGAGAGCCCAGUUCUGAAUGUUGGCCAAGAGAAGGAGAUUGGGAAGAAUGGGCUGAAGAAGAAACUUGUUAAAGAAGGUGAAGGAUGGGAAACUCCCGACACUGGUGAUGAGGUCGAAGUGCAUUAUACGGGAACCCUUCUUGAUGGCACUCAGUUUGAUUCGAGCCGUGACCGAGGAACGCCUUUCAAGUUCAAGCUCGGGGAAGGCCAAGUGAUUAAAGGGUGGGAUGAAGGUAUCAGAACAAUGAAAAAGGGUGAAAAUGCAGUUUUCACGAUACCCCCGGAAUUGGCCUAUGGAGAGUCCGGCUCUCCUCCAACAAUACCACCGAACGCUACUCUUCAAUUUGACGUUGAGCUACUUUCGUGGCACAGUGUCAAAGACAUCUGUCAAGAUGGAGGAAUCUUGAAAAAGAUCCUUGUUAAAGGAGAUGGUUGGGAAAAACCGAAGGAUCUAGACGAAGUUCUGGUUCGUUAUGAGGCUCGUCUUGAAAACGGUACACUGAUCUCAAAGUCUGAUGGGGUCGAAUUCACUGUUGAAAAGGGGUACUUCUGUCCUGCCUUGGCAACUGCUGUGAAGACGAUGAAAAAAGGGGAGAAAGCUUUGUUGACUGUUAGACCACAAUAUGGAUUUGGGGAGUCUGGUAGGCCUGUAUCUGGAGAAGAAGGUGCUGUGCCUCCAAAUGGUACACUUCAAAUUACCCUUCAAUUGGAUUCAUUGAAAACUGUUACAGAGAUCACAAAGGAUAAGAAGGUCUUGAAGAAGACCCAGAAGGAGGGAGAAGGAUAUGAACAACCAAAUGAGGGAGCAGUGGUGCAAGUGAAACUUACCGGCAAACUGGGUGAUGGGACGAUUUUUACUAAGAAGGGUGAUGAUGAAAGAACGUUUGAGUUCAAAAUUGACGAAGAACAAGUCAUUGAAGGACUCGAUUUGGCUGUGAGAAAGAUGAAGAAGGGAGAAAUUGCCUUGGUGACGAUCCAUCCACAAUAUGCUUUUGGAUCUUCUGAUUCAUCACAAGAUCUAGCUGUGGUUCCUGCAAACUCAACUGUAUAUUACGAAGUUGAGCUGGUUUCAUUCGUCAAAGAAAAAGAAUCUUGGGACCUGAACAAAGCAGAAGAGAAAAUAGAAGCAGCAGGUAAAAAGAAGGAAGAAGGAAACGUUCUAUUCAAAGCUGGAAAAUAUGAGAGAGCAUCAAGAAGAUAUGAAAAGGCUGUCCGCUACAUUGAAUAUGAUACUUCUUUCAGUGACGAGGAGAAGCAACAGAGCAAGGCACUAAAGAUUUCAUGCAAUCUCAACAAUGCUGCUUGCAAACUGAAAGUCAAAGACUACAAACAAGCAGAGAAGCUUUGUACAAAGGUGUUGGAACUUGACAGUAGGAACGUGAAAGCUCUAUAUAGAAGGGCUCAAGCAUAUAUUCAACUUGUUGAUCUUGAUCUUGCUGAGCGGGAUAUCAAGAAAGCCCUCGAGAUUGACCCAGAUAACAGGGAUGUGAAGAUUGAAUACAGGCAAUUGGAAGACAAGGUGAGGGAAUACAAUAAGAGAGAUGCACAGUUUUACGGCAACAUUUUUGCAAAAAUGAACAAGUUGGAGCAUGCUAAGUCGGCUAAUUCAGGUGGAAAGCAAGAGGCAGUACCAAUGACUAUUGAUAGCAAAGCUUAAGUUUGAUACUUUAGCCUUCAUAGCAUCACACACUAUGCAUUAAUGAAAUGUAAUGUUGCGCAUACAUAGCAUUGUAUUGUAAUGGUGUCUUGUUUACACUUUGUAUAAAUAAGUCAGAUGUCUCGAAGGAUUUGCAUUGCUUUGUUUGCAUUCUCCUUUUGGACAAGGGAAGAUAAUAAAAAUAUACUCUUGUUUUCCUUAUGUUUUAGCAUGCUUCCUUUUA